CGCUCCCGCGCGGGGUUUGAAGCUGCGCGCGCGGGCGCCGCGGCCGUUGCUGGCGCGCGCGGCCGUGAGGGGUUUGGUGCCGCAAGCGCUCCCGGCCAUGGUAGCCAGAAGGAAGCUGCUGCAGGUCCAGGAAGCCUUUCAGCUGGCCCAGAAGCCUCGCCAGAACCACGCGAAGCUCGUGGCGGCUCUGAAGAGCACUUAUGCUCAGUUGGAUGAUAAAGAAGACUUUAAUGAAAAAUUCAUUCACUUCCUCAAGUAUGCUAUGAUAAUCUAUAGGCGGGAACCAACAGUGGAACGAGUGAUCAAUUUUGCAGCUGGAUUUGUUACUUCGUUCUAUCACGUUGAGACAGAAGAUGGUAGUAAGGAGGGAGAAGAAGAUAAUUUACUUCUGAAUUAUGUGUUUAAAUUCCUGCUUGAGUCUCACAAUGCGAACAGCCAUGCAGUUAGGUUUCGAACCUGUCAGCUUGUUAAUAAGAUUUUGGGAAAUAUGCCAGAGAAUGCUGAGAUUGAUGAUGACUUAUUUGAUAAAAUUAAUGAAGCUAUGCUGAUUAGACUUGAAGAUAAAUUUCCAAAUGUGAGAAUUCAAGCUGUCUUGGCCCUGUCAAGGCUUCAAGAUCCUAAGGAUGAAAACUGCCCUGUUGUUAAUAUUUACAGCACGUUGCUUGAAAAUGAUUCAAACCCAGAUGUGAGACGUGCUGUGCUGUCAUGUAUCGCUCCAUCAGAAAGGACUUUGCCAAUAAUUGUAGGCCGCACCAUGGAUGUAAAGGAGGCUAUCAGAAAGCUGGCAUAUGAGGUUUUGGCAGAAAAAGUUCACAUGAGAGCUCUGACAAUAGCACAGAGAGUUAAAUUGUUACAACAAGGACUUAAUGACAGAUCUGAUGCUGUAAAGGAGGUAAUGCAGAAGAAGCUACUUCAAGCCUGGUUACAAUUCACUGAAGGGGAUGUUUUAGAAUUGCUUCAUAGACUGGAUAUAGAAAACUGCCCAGAAGUGGCCACCCCAGUACUAAAUGCUAUGUUUUCAUUAUCUCCACUUCAUGACAUUGUUCAGAACUGUAAAAACCUUGAUAGCAGAAAGCUGAUUCCACAGGAGGAUUUAACAGCUGAGAAUGUGUUAUAUUGGAGAUGUCUUUGUGAAUAUCUAAACUCAAAAGGCGAAGAAGGUGAAGUUUUACUAGAACAGGUGUUGCCAGAACCAGCUAUAUAUGCAGAUUAUUUAUUGAGUUAUCUUCAAAAUAUGCCAGUUCUCAGUGAAGAGCAAAAAGAAGAUUUUAAUUGUUUUGAAAACCUGAUGACAAAAGAAUUCAUAGGCCAGCAACUGAUUCUAAUCAUAGGCUGCAUGGAUACCAUGGAAGAGGGAGGAAGAAAGCAUCUGCUAGUUGUUUUACAAAAGAUUCUCAUUUUACCUUCAACUUCAGCAGUACUUAUCCCUCUGCUUGUUGAAAGAUUGCUCAGUAUUGUUAACGAUGAGAACAGAAGGAUUCAAAUUAUUGCAGAAAUUAUCUCAGAAGUUCGUGAGCCAAUUGUUACAAUUGACCAGCCUAUUGAUGCUGCUGAAAUAAGAAAGCAGAAGCUGAAGCUGGCUGAAAUAAAAGUGAAACUUUUUGAAGCAAAACAAGCUUUGGAAGAAUGCAUUACUCUUCAGGAUUUUAAUACAGCAUCAGUAUUAAAAGACAAAAUAACUGAGUUGGAACACACAAAAAAUGAACUGAUAAAAACCACAGAGCAAACUGAAAUUGAAGAAAUGCGUGUGGAGAAGAAUGAUCCUGAAACACUGUUGAAGUGUCUGAUGAUGUGCUAUGAGGUUCUGAAGAUCAUGUCUCUUUCUAAAGGAAUCAGUCCAACCAUUAAUGAAAUCAUUCAAUCUCUGAUACUUCCAGGUGUAACUAAUGUCCACCCAGCUGUGAGAAAUAUGGCAGUUCUGUGUUUGGGUUGCUGUACCCUUCAGGACAAAAAAUUUGCCCAACAGCAGUUUCCAUUGCUGUUACAGGUUAUACAAAUAGAUAAAAUAAAGAUAAAGCUCAGUGCUUUAAAGGCAAUCUUUGAUCAACUAAUCCUGUUUGGAAUUGAGCCUUUUAAAACCAGAAGAGGCAAUGACUCUCAAAGUGAAAGUGCACACAUUAGAACAGAAAAUGGUGAGGAUGAAAGUGAAACAGUAAAGGAAGAAGAGGAGACUGCCACAGUUCACAGCCUUCUGAAGCUUCUUUCUGGUUUCUUAGACAGCGAGUAUUCAGAACUUCGGACAGAAGCUGCAGAAGGCAUUGCCAAACUAAUGUUCUCUGGGAAGCUAAUCAGUGCCAAGCUCCUUUCUCGUCUUGUUUUGCUGUGGUAUAAUCCCAUGACUGAAGAAGAUGCUCGGCUCCGACACUGUCUGGGAGUUUUCUUCCCUUUAUUUGCUUAUGCAAAUAGGUCUAACCAGGAGUGCUUUGAAGAAGCUUAUUUUCUAACUCUGCAAACACUCUUAAAUGCUCCUGCAACAUCACCUUUGGCUGAAAUAGAUAUCAGUAAUGUUUCUGAACUGUUAGUGGACCUGACGAGACCAAGUGGACUGAAACUUCAGUCCAAGAAGUUUCAGGACUAUCAGGAGUUAACAGUGCAUGAUACUUUAGCCAUGAAAAUUUGCAAUGAAAUCCUGGCAGAUCCAACUGCACCAGAUGUCCGUAUUUAUGCAAAAGCUUUAAAUUGUCUAGAACUUAGUAGUUCUUCUACAGAUAAUCUUCUAGUGUUGCUCAAUGAGAUUCAAGAGAAAGUGGAAGAUAAAUCAUGUCAAAGAGCUAUUGAGAAGAUCCAAAUGAAACUGAGCAAGGAUCCUAAUGUGGGCAAAAACCACUCUGCAAGAACUGAGGAAACUGGUCUCUCUGAAAGGACACAGGAAAGAGACAUCACAUUGUCUGAAAAUGCUGCUCCCAAUGAAGAAGGACAGCAGAAAGCGUCAGAAGUGAGGACCGUGAGCAGAAGAAAAACUGGUGCAAGUGCAAAACAUGGUCUUGAAAGUUGUGAUAGAAUUUCAGAACCAGUCCCAGUGUCAAGUUCAAGGCCUCAAAGACGAGCAAAAACUUUGGCACUGGAGAAAACCCGAAUGAAUCUUUCAAAACUGUUGAAUGAGGAAACAGAUGAGUGAAGACAAGAGAAGAAAGUGCCUUUGUCAGCACUGGUAGUUAACAUCAGGCUUGAACAUAAGGUUUUUUUAUUGCUAGUCAUAUUUACUCCUUUCAUAUGAAUAAUUUAUAAUUCUACAUUUUUAUAUUAGGUUUUUUUUUUUAAUAGAUGCUUGUAUUUCUUGUAUUUCCUGUAAUAAAAAUGGAUUAAAAUAUUACCUGAA